AUGGCCGCAAUGGCGAGCAGCAGCCCCAUGGCGAUGAUGGCUCCGGCUGCCGUGUUACUGGCGGCGCUGGUGCUGCUGAUGCUCAGUGACGCCGAGGCCAAGUUCCUGCCCAACAACAUCACCGUCGUUGGCUCCGUGUACUGCGACGCCUGCUCCAACAAUACCUUCUCCAAGCAUAGCUUCUUCUUGAAAGGAGCCAGGGUGCUGAUCAAGUGCAGCUUCAAGGUGAACUCGACGUCGUCCGAAGAGCUGUCCCUGGAAGCGGAGCGCACCACCGACCAGCACGGCGUGUACAAGCUGGACGUGCCCCCCGUGGACGGCUUCGAGUGCCGCGAGGGCCACGAGGUCCGGUCGGCGUGCCGCGCCACGCUCGUCCGGAGCUCCUCCGCCGCCUGCAACGUCCCGGGCCUCGGGGGCUCCACGCAGCACAUCGCGCUCCGCUCCCGCGCCACCAGCGCCUGCUUCCUCAACCUCAACGCGCUCAACUUCCGCCCCGCCAAACGGGACGGCGCGCUCUGCCACGGCCACGGGGACGACGGGGGCAACGCGUUCGGUUCCUCGCUUUUCUUCUGGCCGUUCUUGCCGCUCUUCUGGCCGCCGUUCCGGGUCCCGGGCGGCGGCGCCGGCGGGACGGUGUCGUUCCCGUGGCCGUUCCCGGUGCCCGACUGGCUGGUGCCGUUCCUGCGACCACCAUUCUUGCCAUUCCCGCUCUACGAGCCGGCGUCUCCACCGCCGCCGUUCUACCGCUUCCCGCCUUCCCAAGAAGCGGCUUCUCGGCCUUGA